AAAGCCAACCAUUCUUCUUCUUCUUCUUGUCCAACCUCUGUUAAUCUACAUUUUUAGAACCCUGAUUUCCAGAAAUCAUGGCUUCCCCAGUGCCAUACUCCGUCGUGGAGGACGACGAUCUCGACGACGCCGCUUUGUGGGCCGUAAUAGACUCCGCCGCCGCCGCCGCCUCACUCAAGUCCCGCAUGCCUCUGGCCAUCAGAAACCCUAACAACUUCCAUCCUCCAUCUCCGCCAUUAAAGCUCCAACAAAAGACCUCCAGGAACCCUCGCGCCUCCUUCGAUUCUUCCGACCACUCCAACUCCAAUGUCUACGCAGAAGGCGAGGUCGUGCAGGAGCCCUGGGUUUUCCGGCCGCCGCGGAAGAUCGCGAGGACGCCCUGCUCUUCUUCGGAGUUCGGCGAAGUUAGUCCCAUGGCCAUUGCCAGGACCAAUGUGCAACAGCAGCAGCAGCAGCAGCGUACGCCUGCCGUGGCUGUCUCUUCGAGGCCACCUCAAAAGUACUUGUCACCGGAGAUCGGGAGGUUCGCCGGAUCGGAAUGCUCGCCGGUGAGUUACGGGAGGAUUCAAGAGAAGGAGAGCUCGAUGCACAGCUUGUCAGGGAAUUUUCCUUCGGUGUCGCUAUUCAAGGAGUACCAGAACGCGGCCAUGGCGAUUCUGGAGAAAAGUGAUUAUACAAUGAUUUCUGGGCACCCCUUCAUAAAAAAGACAGGUUGGAGGAAGAUAUCAUUUUACUUUAAUCUCUCUUAUGAAAUCAAAGACAAGACAAUUGAGUUUGAUGACAAUCUUAAUGUUCAGCGUGCUGAAUUUGUCGUUCGAGCCUACAUGCAGGGUGGUAGGUUCUCAGAUGGAUGGGGUUCAUGUGAGCGGCGUGAGAAGAAAUUUUUCAAACCGAAUCAUGAUAUUCCCAGCACAGCAGAAACCAGAGCCAAAAAUAAGGCAUGCCAGGACCUGCUGGGAAUUGGAGAGUAUAGACCAGGUGCAGGACAUGCCAACAGAUAGAGAUUCCGAGCAGGAAAAAGAAAAAAAAAAAAAAAAAA